CCACUCUACCAGUCCCAUCACAACUACCCACUCCACCAGUCCCAUUACAACUACCCACUCCACCAGUCCCAUUACACCUACCAACUCCACCAGUCCCAUUACACCUACCCACUCCACCAGUCCCAUUACACCUACCAACUCCACCAGUCCUAUUACAACUACCCACUCUACCAGUCCCAUCACAACUACCCACUCCACCAGUCCCAUCACACCUACCAACUCCACCAGUCCUAUUACAACUACCCACUCCACCAGUCCCAUUACACCUACCAACUCCACCAGUCCUAUUACAACUACCCACUCUACCAGUCCCAUCACAACUACCCACUCCACCAGUCCCAUUACAACUACCCACUCCACCAGUCCCAUUACACCUACCAACUCCACCAGUCCCAUUACACCUACCCACUCUACCAGUCCCAUUACAACUACCCACUCUACCAGUCCCAUCACAACUACCCACUCUACCAGUCCCAUCACAACUACCCACUCCACCAGUCCCAUUACAACUACCCACUCCACCAGUCCCAUUACACCUACCAACUCCACCAGUCCCACUACACCUACCCACUCCACCAGUCCCAUUACACCUACCAACUCCACCAGUCCCAUUACACCUACCAACUCUACCAGUCCCAUUACAACUACCCACACCACUAG